CCGCCUAUUCCCAAAAAGGCCAAAAGGUCUCUCUCUCUCUCUUUCUGAGAUUUUAAACGAAAAAUAUUAGACGCAGUUUUGGGAGGGUAACACAAACAGUGUCUGUCUGUUUCUCUUUCUUUUUGGUUUCUGCGAGUUUGAGAGAGCUCAUGGGUCGGCCUCCUAGCAAUGGAGGCCCUGCCUUCCGCUUCACACCAAUCGAGGUUGCAGAGAUGGAAGCUAUUUUGCAACAACACAAUAAUACGAUGCCAUCACGUGAUGUCCUUGUGUCACUUGCAGAUAAGUUCAGUGAGUCACCGGAUCGUAAAGGCAAGAUUACAGUUCAAAUGAAGCAAGUUUGGAAUUGGUUCCAAAAUAGGCGAUAUGCUAUAAGGGCAAAACUAAGUAAAGCUCCUGGGAAGUUAAAUGUGUCUCCUAUGCCUCGGGAUGAUUCAACUCCAGUGAGAAAUGUGCCUCAGUCAAUUUCUGCCCCUAUACCUGCUCCUUCAGUUACAAGCGCAGGAAGGGGUGCUCCUGAAAAUUCUGUGAUGGAGUUCGAAGCUAAAUCUGGAAGGGAUGGUGCAUGGUAUGAUGUUACUACCUUUUUAUCCCAUAGAUAUCUGGAGACUGGCGAUCCAGAAGUACUGGUCCGUUUUGCUGGUUUUGGACCAGAGGAAGAUGAGUGGAUUAAUAUUCGCAAGCAUGUCAGGCCACGCUCUCUCCCAUGUGAAUCAUCAGAAUGUGUUGCAGUUCUUCCCGGAGAUCUCAUACUCUGUUUUCAGGAAGGUAAAGAGCAGGCUCUUUACUUUGAUGCUCAUGUCCUUGAUGCACAAAGACGAAGGCAUGAUGUGAGAGGUUGUCGUUGUAGGUUUUUAGUGCGUUAUGCUCAUGAUCAGUCUGAGGAAAUUGUGCCAUUGAGGAAGGUUUGCCGGCGGCCCGAAAGUGACCAUAGGUUGCAGCAACUUCAUGCUGUGAAUGAGGCAGCAUCCAUUGACCAGCAGAAAACUAGCUUGGAUCCUUCAGGGAUCAGUGGUCUGAGGGUUGCUACUCCUGCUGAAACAUUACAACAGCAGCGAUAUGGAGAUGCAAUGGUGGUGUCUCCAGGCCCAGCAUUGCAUGCUAAUGUUUCUGUAGCCACUCAUACGGUCAUCCCAGAAUCAAAACAAGCUGAAACUAGCAAUACUAACAUUGCAGGAAAUGCUAAUGCUCCCCCAGGUGCUGCAUUAGUGAGCAACACUGCUUUGAGCACUGCUCUGGGUGGCUCUGAGACCCGACCAGAAGCAUAGUAGUAGGCAUUAGAGAUUCUGUAAUUCUCUUUUCUUUUUUUUCUUUUUUUUUAAGUUGUUUAUGAGCUUACAUAUGUUUUUUUUUGGGAUGAUGUAAUAUUCUUGAGUAGGGUGGUAUCUUUUCACACUGGUCUCACAGUUCAGUUAAUGGUUCUCCUCGGCAA